GGCGCUGUUCCUGACAGCCCGUCAUUGUUUAUUCCAAAAUGACGGAAAACAGUGCGUCGCCGGAGGAUCCGUGGCUUAAACAGACAGACGGGACUUUCAGCGACCGCGACUUCGACACCAAUUUCUUUGCAGAGAGCGCUUGCAAAGGAAGUGUGGUUUCAAGAGCCAACAGUAUUGGAUCCACAAGUGCCUCUUCAGUACCAAAUACAGAUGAUGAAGACAGUGACAACAGACACGAGACUCCCUAUAAGGAGUCAUACAAAGACCGGAGGAGACAAGCGCACACUCAAGCUGAGCAGAAACGCAGAGAUGCCAUAAAGAAAGGUUAUGAUGACCUGCAGUAUAUAGUGCCUACAUGCCAGCAGCAGUCUGAGUUUGCCGUGGCUACACAGAAGAUGAGCAAAGCCACGGUCCUGCAGAAAACCAUCGACUAUAUUCAGUUUCUCCACAAAGAAAAGAAGAAGCAGGAAGAGGAAGUUUCCACACUGAGGAAGGAGGUGAUGGCGUUGAAGAUUAUGAAAACGAACUAUGAGCACAUUGUGAAGGCGCAUCAGAAUAACCCUCAGCAGGGCAGCGAGCAGGUUUCCGAUCAGGUGAAGUUCAGCGUGUUUCAGAGCAUCAUGGACUCUUUGUUCCAGUCCUUCAGUGCCUCUGUGUCUGUCAGCAGCUUUCAGGAGCUUUCUGCCUGUGUCUUCAGCUGGAUAGAGGAGCACUGCAAGCCAAAGACGCUUAGGGAGUUUGUGGUGACUGUUUUGCGGCAGGUGAACGGGCAGAUGUACUGAAGCUCUGGAUCUGUCUGCCUCCUCACACCCAGCUUUUAUCCCAUUGACAAACACAAGAACUGUCUCUCUCACACAUACACUAUGCAGCAGGGAGUAAGCACACUAAUGGAUUGGGGUGCAUUCUAGAACCCUAAACACUGACUGCAUUAUGUUUUUCAAACAAGUAUUGACCGAUUUUGAAAUACAGGUAUUCUGAGUGAUUUCAUGCAACAGGUCUGACAUUUAGGUGGUAGCUUUUAAUGUGCUUUUAUUAUCUAUAACACUAGUCAUUGAGGGAACUACAUGUAUAUUUUUCUCUUAACUUCUGGGCUUUCAGAAGCAUAUUUUUAUCAAUAUCUUAAAGGGUGAGAAGUCGUGAGGAGAAAAUGUCUCUGACAGCACUGUUCAUUUUGCUGAAUACACCUCAGUAGGAAGGUGUAAUUAUGUUCUAAAUUCUGAAAACUAGAGCAGUUUCAUCAGUAUUUGUAAAUUUGUGGAUGUAAUGCUUCUUCACUGCUCUAAUUCAGAUCCUGAGUUGUGAAAUACAUUGCGAUACAUCUAUCAAAUUGCUAAAUAAGACACCAGACAGAAGUCGUUUCAUGAGUAAACAUGGUGUGCUGAAUUUGUUUAUCUUUACCUCAUAUUUGCAUAAUUUUCCAAAGCACGACUGCAUCCACGUACAGCCUGUCGCUGGAAAGGGGAGCUGAGAGAUUUGAAGUUACACUGUGAUAUAUCAUCAUCAUGUACUCUGUUUGUUGAGAUCAGUUGUAUACGUCUGAAAAUCUGCUAAAAACAGCAAUCCCACUAUCUACUAAGAUAUAUAAGUUCCUCUUUUAAGCCAGUGUCUUUGAGAUGUUAUGACCAAAGAUUGCAGUAUCUGUAACCACAAUGAAAUGACAAACAUUUUUGUGUAAUAUUUGUUAAGCUGUAUGACAAGCUUGUGUAGCUUGAUUUGCAGUGUUUUAUUCUGAAUAUUUCUUAGUUUUGGGUACUUGUGAUCAGUAUGUUCUCUUUGCUGUAUAAACUAUCAUUGAAUGCACAGUAACAGCUUCAUGUGGUUUGACCACCAAAUAUAUAUUUAUAAUUCAAUGAAUGUUAAUCAAACAAAACAACUGAAGUCUACUCAGGACAACAGACAUUUUUCUGAGACAUAAAUAAUUUGCUGGAAAAGGGACAUCAUUUACAAGCCAUAAUGGAGUGAAUGCAAGCCCACAGAAAUAAGGCUAAAUCAUGUUACUAGUCGUGUGCUUUUGCAUUUGUGACAUCGAGAGAAUUUGCUUGAAAUAUUUUUGUAUCAGUAUCAUUUUUAAUUCAAAAAUAAAUGUUCAAACUUAUUUACAACA